ACGACUUAUGAUAACGGGGACCAGUUUUAUCGGCAUAAGUUAUCACAAUGCGGCUGUUAACUCUUGUUGGGUCUUGCUUGCUUUUUGUUGGAUGUAUCAAAUCACAAUUCCAACCCGGGUGCAGUUUUUCCAAUGGACAAUGUAUCUAUAACGUCAAACUCGGGCAUGCGCAGACAUGUGAUGCGGCUGGAGGAUCUGAUCAAGUAUCACAUUCUAGUUCUGAUGGCUGUUCCUGUGACGAUAUCCACAAAGUAGGUAGUGACGUAACGUCAUUACGGACGACAGUGUCGGAUCUCCAACGGGCGGUUGAUAAGUUAUACAGUGAAAUGAACAUCUCCAGAUCCGAGCUUACACAAACACAAGAUUUACUCCACGCAGAACAGCAGCAUGCCGCGGAGCUACUGGUGUCCCUCAACAGUAAAGAGAAAAUGCUGAACCAGUCUAAAGAGGAACUAGCUCACGUUCUAUUGUCAGCCAAGACUGAGCUGGAUAGCCUCCGUCAACAACUGAUCAACGCCUCCAGACAGCUCUCAACUUGUCAGGGGAACGCCGGUCUGCCAACGACCCCACCUCAAGUGUAUUCAGGGUACUCGACAUUCUACUGUGGCUUUGAGAAUUACCAAGGUUCCAUGUGUACCUUCCACGCGGAGACUGAUUCCAGCACGAGAAUGCUCUGGACGAAACAGAGUGGUCACCUUUAUUCAUCAACAGGACCCAACAUGGACCACACCUACGAAACUUCAUCAGGUCACUACAUGGCUAUCGACGCCAAUUACAUUUCGCAGCACUCCUCUUCAUCAACAACACAUACUUAUCGCCUACUGUCACCGACCUUUGAACCUGCGCAGCACUACUGUAUUCGCUUUUGGUAUAACAUGCAUGGAACUGACGUAAAACCACUAAAGGUUUAUGCCAAGGUAGGCGGUGGUCUGGGGAAUCCGAUUAAAGUUAUCCAGCCAGUUAACAGUGUGGAUUGGAAGCUAGAGGAAGUGGAAAUAGGUUCUGAGUACACUGCCAGCAAGCUCCAGGUUGUGUUUGAGGGUAGUACGAACGCUCACUACCGAUACUCCUACAGCUCACAUGGGUCGAGUUCAAAGUUAUAUGAUAAUGAAAAUGGAAACGUCGCCAUUGAUGACGUGUACAUCUAUAACACAACUUGUCAAGACGUACCAAUUUGCCCUCCAAACUCGUACACACACGUAAAUACUGACAACACUACAUCAUGUUAUACAUUUCACACCACACCGAUGUCUUGGUAUAAUGCAAUUGAUGAAUGCAAGAAGGAAUCUUACGGCAGCCAUCUUGCCUCAGUAACAGACCAAAUUGAACAUGAUUACCUGGUUAAUCUCAUCCAGUCUGAUAUAGGUUUGAUGACAGCGGGACAGAGUGGAUUUUAUAUUUCUGGAAAUGAUGAAAACUCAGAAAAUCACUUUGUCUGGACAGAUGGAGGGUCGCCAUCGUCCGUAACCUAUAGCAACUGGUAUCCUGGGCAACCAAACAACGUAGGUAGUAACCAGGACUGUUUACUGAUGCAGUACCCUGACGCCGGGUAUCAGUGGGGAGACGUGAGCUGUUCAGAGACGCAUCCUUUCAUUUGUGAAAGCAGAUACUAAAAAUAAA